UCAAUAACACAUUUUGAUAGUCGGUAUUGAAUACUGAUAACAAUGUGGACUACUGAUUAGAGAUUACUAACAAAUAUACUAAAUAGUCAUAAUAUUGAAUUUUAAAUUUUAAUAGUUAACAACGUAGAACAGUUAAAAUUUAAAGAUUUCAAAUGUUUAUAUAGUUUUAAAUCAAUAAACGACUUCACAACUUAAUAUGGAGUCUACUUUUGAUAUUAACGGAUCAAACCGGAAUAAUAAUAUUUGUAUUAGUAAGUUUGUUCAUGAGCAUCCGAUAUUAAAGUCAUUUAUUGCCGGUUCUACAUCUGGAUUAUUCUCUACAGUUUUAUUUCAACCUUUUGACGUUGUCAAAACAGUCUUACAAAACCCUAGAAAUGACAAUAAAUUAGGAAUAAUCAAUGCCACAAAGUCAGUCUGGCAGCAAGAAUCUUAUUAUGGAUUUUGGAGAGGACUGUCUCCGUCUCUUGUACGCAAUAUUCCAGGAAUUGCCAUUCAUAUAUCACUUACACAGUUAAUAUAUUCGUAUCUAACAAAAAACAAUGAGACUUCUAUGGUGAAGUCCGGGAUAGCUGGAUUUAGUGCACGAUGUAUUACUGUUUCUGUAUUAAUGCCUUUCACUGUUUUAAAAACUAGAGUAGAAAGUGGACAGUAUAGUUAUACGACUUUAAUCCGUGGCCUAUCUGAAAUUUAUAGGUUGGAAGGUUGGAAAGUUUUGUGUCGUGGAUGGACACCAACAAUUUUGCGAGAUGCUCCAUUUUCUGCAUUAUAUUUUAUGAUUUUUAUCAAAUUAAAAAAUAUAACAUUACAAGGAGAAUUAGACAACAAACAACCAUUUUAUAUUUUUGGAUGUGGUCUUUUUGCCGGAGGAUUAGCAUCCUGUAUAACUCAACCAUUUGAUUGUAUAAAAACUAGUCAGCAAGUAUCAAAAGAAAAACUUCUUUUAAUCGAUGCUAUUAUUUUAAUUAAACAAAAAUAUGGAAUAGCUGGCUAUUUUAAAGGACUGUCUCUUCGAGUUUUAAGACGAUCUUUAAUGGCUGCAUUGACAUGGACUGUGUAUGAAAAAUUAACUUAGAUGAUUAGUAACUUAGAUUAUAAUAUUUUUAAUUAUUUAUGUAAUAAUGUGUCUUAUGUGUACAUAUAAUAUUGUUUAAAAAAUGUUAGAAUUCUUUAAAAAUAUCUAUACAAUAUUAUCAUAUCUUAGUUUUAUAUUAGAAAGAAAUCAAAUAAAGAAGAGAAACUUCAAUAUUAUUUUUUAUGUAUAACUGUAAUCUUAAAAUUAAUUGGACUGAAAUAUUUUAGCAACAUAUUUAGAAUAGUAUAUUUUUAUUUUAAGUUCUCUAGUUACCCUCAGUAGAUUUUUUAAUUUUAUGCAUAAUUUGAUAGGUUAUUUUAUUUAGUGCAUUUUUAAUUUGUUUAUUUUUCUGUGGACUGUAGUUUAUUAUUUUUAUUAUUUAGAUUAUAUAAUAUGAGGUAUUAGUUAUGUAAAUCAUUUGUUAACAUUUAAAUGUUAAAUUAUAGUGUAAUUUAUUUCAACCAUUAAUAA